AUGGCCCCAUCUCACCUCCAGGGUCUCAAUAUUGUCCAACCCUCACCCCCGGCCACGCCAUCAUUCCUCUCUGACGCUGAUCUCCUCUCCUUGCCAGCCUUUCCCGAACUUAGCGCACAGCUCGACCUCUGGACGAACCUCCACUUCCAGUCCGACGAGCCGCUCGGCCUGCCGCUCGAUAACAGCGCGCAAAAGUCUUCCGGCUUGGAUGGCAAGGGUCGUUACUCUGCAGACGCAAGCGAGGAUGACCUGGAGCGCUACAACGACCAGGAGGGUGCGAUCGCAGAGACGAGAACCGUCCUUCCUCCCACCGGCGUCGCGCACAGCGCUCCAUCCAAUCCCGCUCAGGGCAUUCCCAAUGCAGGAAUGCAGCUGCCCCUGGAUAUCAGCAGUCUUCUUGCGGGUAUCGGGAUGGAUCCGUUCCUCGUCCCUCCUGCGCAGCACGCCGCUCAGCAAACUGCCAAUGCCAACUCGAUCGCGCAGCUUUUGUCACUGCAUGCCGCGUCAUUCCUCCCUCCUCAUCUGCAACCUCCAUCGUCGACCCCCCCAGCACAAUCGCAGCAGGUCCAGGAGCAAGCACCAUCUCCAUCUGCUCUCAAGCGUGUGCGCACAGCUCGCUCAUCUUUCUCUGAAGAUGUAUCUUUGCCAGGCAGCCCGAUCGAUGACAGGGAUCCUGGGACGCCGCUGGCCGCUGCCGAGGACAAGCGCCGGCGGAACACCGCUGCGUCCGCACGCUUCCGGCUGAAGAAGAAGGAGCGCGAGGCAGCGCUGGAGCGUAAGGCGAAAGAGCUCGAAGUGCGCGUGAGCGAGCUGGAAAAAGAGUGCGAGGCACUAAGGAGAGAGAACGGCUGGCUGAAAGGAUUGGUCGUCGGCCAGGUCGGCUCGGGCACGAAUGCACCACUCGUGGCGGGAACGAAGAGGAGUAGAGAGGACGGAGAGGGGGGGAAGAAGGAGCAGUGA